UUGUUCUCGUCUUCCAACUACUUCUCUGCCCCCCCCCGUUCUCUUUCUCGGUUGAUCCGAGCUUAUUCCUAGAUGAUGCGCCAUUGAAGCCCCUAAGAAAAUUAUGUUUCCUUCUCAGUUAAGCUCGCCAAAGCGUGCCAAUCCAUUUGGUCGCACCUCCCCAACUCCAUCGCCUGGAGGCCAGAAUGGUUCCGCACGGCCAAGGUCGGCGAUUAUAACAUCACCAAGCAGAAUCGAUGGGUCCAAGGGCCAUUAUCGAAACUCUGCAUCCAUUACUCAACUCACACCGACUGCCCUUUCACCACACGGGAAUCGGGACAGAUCGAAUUCUCUGCGGAAUCAUGCGACCACUGGAACGUUUGCACCCGAAUUUAUCAAGUCGGAGGAAUUGCGACGCGGGGCAGAUCAAAUCCGGGGUUUGGAGGGUGAAAAUGACUUUUCGGGUAAUAAGUACGUGUGGCUACGGGAUCCUGAAAAGGCAUUCGUACGCGGGUUGGUGUUAGAAGAGGGACAAGAUGGGCGGCUGUUGGUCCAGCCGGAUUACGGCGAGCCACGGGAAGUGGACUCCCACCAGGUCGACAAGGUCAAUCCGGCAAAAUUCGAUAAAGCGGACGAUAUGGCGGAACUCACACACUUGAAUGAAGCUUCGGUUGUUCAUAACCUGCAUACCCGUUACCAGGCGGAUCUCAUUUAUACAUAUUCGGGUCUGUUCUUGGUAACAAUUAAUCCGUACUGCCCAUUGCCAAUUUACAGCACCGAAUAUGUGAAGAUGUAUAAGGGACGAAGCAGGGAGGAAACGCGACCACAUAUCUUUGCCAUGGCAGAUCAGGCGUUUAGAAACAUGGUUGAGGAAGGCGAGAACCAAAGUAUUCUUGUGACGUGCAGGUAAAACGGAGAACACCAAGAAAGUCAUUCAAUAUCUCGCAGCUGUCGCUACUUCGGAUACUCCGUACGUUCGUUCAGCACCUCGUUCGGGAUCAAAACAAUUGUCGGCAUUGUCUCAGCAAAUACUGAGAGCGAACCCCAUCCUUGAAGCCUUCGGUAAUGCGCAAACUGUUAGAAAUAACAAUUCCUCGCGGUUUGGGAAGUUCAUUCGAAUCGAGUUCGCGCGGUCUGGCCAAAUCUCUG